CUACAACCAAACUGGGAUUGUGGACGGGGGGGGCGAUAUUGAGUAAAGCUCUGUAUGUCCCUGGUUGUGUUGUAAGAAAAAGGGAGAAGACGUUUGCUGGAGUGAUGAGUAAUCAUUAUGCCACUCUUAAAUGGUAUUUGUAGGGAAAGCCCUCUCCAUCUCGCAUAGUGCGAAUUAUCACGCUGCAGUGUAAUCCAUUCUGUGUUUCAGGCUGACUCAGAGCUGUGGCUGUACUUGAAACUCAGCAUAAUACAGCCAGGAUUAGCUCUUUCAGCCGCUAACAGGCACCAAAUAUAUUGCACUUUAAAACUGGCUUUCCCCCUGAAUGGACGACACGUGGAAAAGCUGCUUCUCUGCGAGAGACUUGCUCCUCUGCCAGAUACAUUUCAGUGUCACAUACCCCUCUUUUUUCUCCCUCCAAAUUGAUCCAUUUCUCCUCAGGGGCAAUGACUGCCUCCAUUAAUGAUUCACGGGCUCAAAUAAAAGGGAUUUAAGUUGACGUUGCGUCACGUGAGCGGGGCGCAUAAUACUGCGCGAUGUUAUGGCACGGGGAAGAAAACCGGAGCCCCGGUCUGGCCAUAUGAUGCUGAUUAUAUGCGGGUUACCCCCACUUUCCGUGAGGGGAGUCCGGGCUUUGUAGUUUUGUUUAUCGAGGGGAGAAAAAUAAAAGAGAGUCAGACUGAAAGAGAGAGGAUCCCGGGUUUGUGGAUGUAUUAUACUGCUGUCACGGACGGAUAUGUUUUUCUACGCGGACAGAGUCUGAGCCCGAGCUUUGGGAGGAUGGAUUUUAUUUUGAGAAAUCCAGCCAAGUAAAUCCAGGCCAUCGCACGGUGUCCGACACACCUUGAACUGCUUUCGGUUCACCCGAGGAGGCCAUUGGCGGAGAGGCGUCACGUGACCACGGGGUGCCAAUGUUAUUCUACAAGGGUGUCAAGACCCUGUCAGUUUCUGAAAUAAAUAUUGGGAAACGGCGAGAUGCAAAAGGCAACCUACUACGACAGCUCCGCAAUUUACAGUGGCUACCCAUAUCAAAGCGCAAAUGGCUUCAGUUAUGAUGCCAAUCAGGUCCAAUAUCCCCGGGCCUCUCAUGUGGAAAGUGAGUACCAUCGACCUGCCUGCUCUCUGCAGUCUCCUGACGGCUCCGUGGCUCUGCAAAAGCCGGGGGAGAUGGCGGAGAGUUGCGACAGGACCACAGCCAUUCAGGCGGCGCAGUCGAAGGUUCAUCCCGAAAGCAAUCAACCGCAGGUGCCAGUGUCAGCCCCACCCCCUCCCCCACAAUCCCCCGGUGCUAUCAGCCAAAACACAAGCAACGGGUCCAACCAGCCCAGUGCCAAGAACGGCUCGCCGACCUCUACUGCACGCAAACACAUCUUCCCCUGGAUGAAGGAAUCCCGUCAGAACACUAAGCAGAAACCCACCAGUAGCUCCAGUUCAGUGGAGAGUUGCCCCGGAGACAAGAGUCCUCCGGGGUCAGCAGCAUCGAAGAGGGCCCGGACAGCUUACACCAGCGCCCAGUUAGUGGAGCUGGAGAAGGAGUUCCACUUUAACCGGUACCUCUGCAGACCCCGGAGGGUAGAGAUGGCAAACCUGCUUAACCUCACCGAGAGACAGAUCAAAAUCUGGUUCCAGAACCGCAGGAUGAAAUACAAGAAGGAUCAGAAAGGUGUCGGAAUGAUGCCUUCUCCUGGCGCACAGUCCCCUCGGAGUCCCGUGGGCCCGGCCUCCGGUGGGGGUUGUGGCGGCGGAUACCUCAACUCUAUGCAUUCUCUUGUAAACAGUGUACCUUACGAAUCCCAGUCGCCGACGUCUUACAAUAAACCUCAUCAAAAUGCAUACGGUAUGGCUACGUCAUAUCCCCCUCCUUUGAACAGCUCCCUCAACAACUGCCCGCCCUCCCAGAAGAGAUAUGCCGGGACCGACUCGGCCACGCCCGAAUAUGACGCGCAUCCUCUCCAAGGCAAUGGCAACUACGGGACUCACAUGCAGGGCAGCCCUGUUUAUGUCGGCGGAGGUUACAUCGACUCAAUGCCCAAUUCUGGGACCUCCGUUUUUGGUCUGACCCAUCUCCCGCACCCUCCGUCCGCAAAUAUGGACUACAAUGGAGCAAUCACAAUGGGCCACAGUCAGCAUCAUGGAGUGUGUGAUCCAACACCGACGUACACAGACCUAACGUCGCACUACUCUCAGGGAAGAAUCCAGGAAGCGCCCAAACUGACGCAUCUGUAGCGGUGGCGCUGCCCGGAUCACUCCGCCCAUUGUCUUAUCCACCUCCAGACUCCAGACACAUUACUGCUUUGUUUCUGCGCAUCCUCACGGCACCCACCUCUCUCUCUCUUCUUUUGUUUAUGUUUUCUAUAGUUUAAUGUGUGAAAUAGCGUAGGAUAAAUAAUCACAACUUGCUUGAAUUUUUCUCUAUUUGCUCGUGUCAUUGUCUCACAAAGACUUUUUUGGGGGGGGCUGUAGGACGUCUAGAGUGGGAGGGAGGGGGGGCACAGUAUAGGCCUAUUUAAUCUUUUUUUAAAUAUUGUUUAAAAGUCGAAACUCAAACAGGGUAUUAUGAACAUAUGUUAUUCAUUUUUAAUGUGAAAUUGUCCGUCUUUUAUUUAUCCGCAGUUGAAGAAUUAUGUUUUGCAUUUUGUUGCACUUGUGAAAGGAUCCUUCUAGAACCACGAGCUGGUAUUAUGAGGAAAAUACAUUUUCAGAAACAAGGGUCACUAGCUUACACGCAACCUCCCUUGCUUGUGUUGUUCUAUUGGACUUUCUAAUGUUAUUUAUUUUGUUCGGUGUUAAGAUAAAAGAGUCCUUUAGUAUUAUUUGACACCUCUGCAAUCUUUGUGGGUUGACAGAUUGGUAGAAAAUUAGCGUCUCGGCUCCUUUCCAGCCCAUACAUGCCGUCUGCAGAAGCUCCUCGGCAGCAGCAGCAGCAGCAGCAGCAGCACAUCAUGUUGCUAUUAUGUUUCCAUUUUUUUUUCUUUACCGAGGUGGUGUUUUUAUUUUAUCAGUGAAUGUAAAACCAAUCAGUCAUGCAAUAAGGCUGGGAAGAAGGACACACAUCAUCACUUUCUUUGUUGAAGAAAAAAACCAACCGACGUUAAUUUUCUUUUUCGAUGUCAUACAUUCCACGCUGCUCCAGUUUGAAGAAAAAAAUAAAAUAAUUGAAAUAUAAAUCAAGGAAAUAUUGCAGUUUUAAUUAAGACACAUCAGAAGCAUUUCACAAAAUUAAACAUCUUUUUAAAAUAAAUAAUCUCAAAAAUGUAUUUCUAGUUUUAUAAUUCUUACAUAUCGGUAUUCUUAUAUAUUUCAUGACGUUAAAUAAUUGUAGUAGAGGUAAUGGCAAAAAGAAAAA